GCUAAGGCUUAGGAAGGUCAGUGAGUCAUUCAGCUCUCGACCGGAUUGAUGCACUCAUCUCCAUGUAAGGUUGACAUCCAUCGUUCCAUGCAGUGUCGGACAGACUUCUCUCUCUUCUUUGCGCGGUGACCUUGGUGGGCAGCACAUCGACAGAAAGCUGAUGCCGACAUACAGGCCAUCAAGUUCAUCCCUGCAGAGCAGAAAGAGACGUCCGAGCGAAAGAAACACGUUCAAGACACUGUGUGCCGUCCACUGCCCUGCCCUUGGUGCACAUCCAUCCGAUGCACCCUCCCAUGCCGCUGCAGGCUGAUCUAUACACACCACACCACACCAACCGUGAGAAACCGUCAACACAUACACACAUGCACUUGUAGCUAGCUACCCGACAGCAGCACCAGCACCAGCAGCUGCCAUCUCCUGUUUCUCCUGCUUCUUUUGCUUUUUGGCGGCGGCGGCCUUCCCCCGGGUGGUGCCCCUGUUGCCGCUCUUGCCCUCUAGGUAACACGCCACGAUCUUCUUGACAUACGUGGCGCACUUGCCCUGACAAUGAGCGGACAGACACAAACACAAUGCCGGUCUGUCUAGUCAUUUUGUGACACCGCACCUGCAGGUCUGUCGGGUCAGUCCACUUGGACGGCACAGGCGAUGCGUCAGCCAGCAACGAGAUGGUCGCAUCUGUUAAGAUACAUACAACACAUCCAUCGGAUGGAUGGCCCUCCCUCUCUGUGUGAGCAUCCAUUGGUACCCGUGCUGGAAGUGCCGCCGCCGCUGUGUCCUGUGGCCAUGGUGUCGAUGCGGUAGACGUGCAGGUGAUGCGUGACGUGGCUGAACACAUGAGUCACCUCACCCACCUGAAUGCCUCGACAACACGUGGCACACAGCCAUGGAUCGGGAGAGACACAGAGGUUUGGCUUAUCUGCCCGGCUCUCAUCUCGGUACCUUGGGAGCAGCAGACGAGUCGUCACACGCAACGCCCAUCUCCUCUAAGGCCGCCCGGAGCUUCUGCGGCACAACACGCACACACAGACACAGGGAGAGAGAGAGGGAGAGAGAGGGAUAUGCGACACACGCCGACACACACCUCCCACACACAUGGAACUCCAGUCAGACGGGCAGGCCAUGUGUGUGUCGUGGGUAUGGCAGAGAGUCAGAGCGAUAAGGGAUGAGUGUUUGUGUGUAUCCUCACUGGACACUCAGAGAGGUUCUUACAAGACAAAGCGAAUCAUCACGCUGCCUGCCAUGACCACCCCAACCACACACCACCUCACUGACCUGUACACACUCCUGGUCGCUCACAGCGGCAUCCCCACUGCCCUUCUUCCGCUUUUUGUCACCCUUCUUCCCCUUGCCGCUGCUGCUGUUCUCUAUCAGCACGCUGGGCGGCUCCCACUGGUUGGCCAGCAGCCCCUUGCUGGCCCGCUGCCGCACCAGGAUGUGCCCGUCUGACGGCCGCUCGACGAUCGCCACGGCGUAGGUCUCCUCCUUGCGGGGAGCCGUGCUCUUCUGAAAGAGGGAGGGAUGAGCACAUAGUGUGCACAUGGGUCAUGGAUGGGAUGCGCACACGCGUGUUUGUGUUUCUUGUGCUUCUCACUCACCGGCAAUGGGUACUCGCCAGCUGAGACAGGGCCGUCCACACGCUGCGAUCCAGACAGACAGACAGACAGACAGGACGAAAAAGAUAGAUCGACCAUACGGGGACGGAGCUCUCCAUAGCUCUCUGGCUGAGGUCGUGCUUACGGCUGGGUCGCACACGUCACAUUCGCUGGGGUUGUGUCCCUUCCGGCGCACUGUGCGGUCCCUCACCUCCCGCUGUACUCGACAGUGCGCCGAUACUGACACAACACAGACACACAGACACAUGCAUGUGAGAGCCGUGUUUGGUGAAUGAAGGUUUUCUGACUUCCUACUCGGACAGACGGAGCAUGCAGGGUUCUUGGGCGUGCAGACGGUCGCCCCAAGCUCCAUCAGAGCCUGCACACACAGGACAGACACACACACAUCACAACCAACCGUAUCUAUACCUCCUGCAAUCACCCAGAAGCGCACCUGAUUGAGAUCCCCUGGAGAUUGCACUUCGUCCCCCUCUUGGCUUUUGACCAGCUCCCGCGCCACAUUGGUGCUCGCCGCCAGCAGGUUCCUCGCGCUCGCAGGGGCGGCGUAGGCAGCCAGUCGGCUCGCCACGCGCACCACAUUGCCGUCAACCGCCGGAGUGGGCACCGAGUAGCUGCACAAAACGGUUGAAACGUAUGUGGCGUGUACUGCAUGUGGUUGGUGUCUGUCUGUUGGCUCGUAGGCUUACGCGAUGGAUAAAAUGGCGCCUGCGGUGUAUGGGCCGAUGCCGGGAAUGGAGCGGAGGGACUUCUCGUCACUCGGGAUCACACCACCAUAAUCCUGUACACCGCGGACACAACAGCACAGCACACCACCACCAAGUGGACACAGACAUGCACACACGUACCCUUCCCUGUGUUAUGGAUCUCGCUCACCCUCAUGACCUUCUUGGCCCCCUCGAGCAGGUUCUUGGCCCUGCUGUAGUACCCCAGUCCCGCCCACACCUCAUUCACUUCCUCCAGCGUGGCACCACUCAGCGCCUCGGCGGUCGGCCAGCGCCCCAUCCACUUGAGCCAGUACUCAAUCACCGUGGCCACCUGCGUCUGCUGCAGCAUCACCUCAGACACCCAUACGCCGUACGCCGACACGCUCGCAGAGACGUUGGUUGGCGCAGAGGGAGAGGGAGAGGAGUUCGGGGGAGGGGCAGGGUCAGGGGCGGGUGGUGCCUGCCUCUGCUUGAAGAACUGUUGGAUGGUGGGCUGGCUCUUGUCGGACUUCUGGCGGGUGACGGUGCGAUGGCCAUAGGGAGGCGGGUCACCCCUGAAUGCAGUUAACGACAGCGAGAGGAUGCAGCAGCAGCGCACGGCGCUUUCAUCUAUUGUCUCUGUCUGUCUUUUAUGUGAGCAUAUACCUACCUCCACGGCAGGUGCCUUCGGUUCGCCCUGAACCAGUCCAGCAAGCCUUUCCGAAUGCCCUCCCUGUCCGCCCUACCCAGGUGGUGGUAGCCACCUCUCGUCGACUGAUCUCCAUCUUCAUCGCCAACGUCUUGAUGCUGCUGGUGUCGCUGGUGCUGCUGCUGCUGCAUGGUGUCCAAGUCUUCUAUGUCGAUGAUCUCCGUCAUGCUGCUGGACGAGCGCUCCGGCAAAGGACGGAUGAGCCGAAGGCGCGGAGGGGCGAGGGCAAAACCAAGAGCUAAGGAAGGAGCAAUGAAUAAGAAGCCAUGGAGAGCAACCAGGCGCAUCAACGUGGCGCGGCGCCUCUGUCGGG